AUGAAAAAUCCAUGGACAUAAUAGGUUAUUGCAUAAUCAUAAUAAUAAAUUACAUAUGGAAUAAGUUACAAUAUUCUAAACAAAAAAUAUUAAUUACAAUCAGAAAAUAAAGAUUAAUUUCAUUACAUUUCAAUUAUAAAAAAUGCUAACAAUAUAUAAGAAAAGAAAUAAAGAUUAGCAAUUUAAAUUAUAGAUUAAUAAUUUGGAGAUAUGAUUGAUCCUAAAAAAUUUGAAUAACGAAUGGAAUAGUUGGAUAAUUUAGAAUAAAUAAUAAAUUAAGUUUUGUAAUGUUUAUUAAAAUGUAAAAUUUGUGUAUAACAUAAUAAUGAUACAAAUGAUUUUAUAAAAAAUGAUGGAUCAGUUUAUAUGAAUAUUCCAUUCCAAUACAAAACUUAAUUUAUUCAAUUGUUAAGAUUGGCAUAAGAGAAAUAAUGUGAAUUAAUAGAUCCAGAUUAAUAAAUAAUUUAACAAUAAAGAUGUGUUAAAGAGCUAGAUGAAUAAUAAAAAUAAAUAGAAUAAAUAUAUAGUUAGAUAAUAUAAUUAAUGGAGUAAUUAAAUUGA